AUGAGUGCCGAUGAAAAUGACCCAUUGUUGCAAGCAUUGAAUGCUGAUCAAAGUAACACCAAUGAUGCUACCACAACAAAUGAUAAUAAUAAUGAUACAACAACUUCAGCUCCAAGUCAGCCAUCUGAACCAGUUGAUCCAGAAAGAGAAAGAGCAUUGUCAAAGUUUAAAGAUAAGUUAUUGGAACAUAGAAAGUGGGAUGCUAGAUUGAAAGAAUUAAGAUUGAGCAUACGAGAUCUAGACAAGGAUUAUGAGAAAACAGAAAAUGAUAUCAAAGCAUUACAAUCUGUGGGCCAAAUUAUUGGUGAAGUUUUAAAACAAUUGGACGAUGAAAGAUUUAUUGUCAAGGCUUCGUCAGGACCAAGAUAUAUUGUUGGAUGUAGAAACACUAUUAAAAAAGAAAACUUAAAAAAUGGUGUCCGUGUUUCCUUGGACAUGACAACAUUGACUAUAAUGAGAAUUUUACCAAGAGAAGUCGAUCCAUUGGUGUAUAAUAUGACUACUUUUGAACCAGGUGAAAUUUCCUUCAAUGGUAUUGGUGGUUUGACUGAACAAAUCAGAGAAUUGCGUGAAGUUAUUGAAUUACCAUUGAAGAAUCCAGAAUUGUUUACAAGAGUUGGUAUAAAACCACCAAAGGGUGUGUUGUUAUAUGGUCCACCGGGUACUGGUAAAACAUUAUUGGCCAAAGCAGUUGCUGCUACAAUUGGUGCCAAUUUUAUAUUUUCUCCAGCAUCUGCAAUCGUUGAUAAAUAUAUUGGUGAAUCUGCAAGAUUAAUCAGAGAAAUGUUUGCAUAUGCUAAAGAGCACGAACCUUGUAUUAUAUUCAUGGAUGAAGUUGAUGCCAUUGGUGGUAGAAGAUUUAGUGAAGGUACAUCAGCGGAUCGUGAAAUUCAAAGAACAUUAAUGGAAUUGUUGAAUCAAAUGGAUGGUUUUGAUACUUUGGGACAAACUAAAAUCAUCAUGGCAACUAACAGGCCAGAUACAUUGGACCCUGCUUUAUUAAGAGCUGGUAGAUUGGACAGAAAGAUCGAAAUUGGAUUACCAAAUGAAGCUGGUAGAUUGGAAAUCUUCAAAAUCCAUACUUCUAAAGUUGCUAAACAAGGUGAAUUUGAUUUCGAAGCUGCUGUUAAAAUGAGUGAUGGGUUUAACGGGGCAGAUAUCAGAAAUGUUGUUACUGAAGCUGGUUUCUUUGCCAUUAGAGAUGAUAGAGAUUAUAUAUUGCAGAAUGAUUUGAUGAAAGCGGUAAGGAAAGUUGCCGAUGUUAAGAAAUUAGAAGGAAAAUUGGAUUACGAAAAAUUAUAG